CUUUUUCAUCCUGUUGGUUGUUCCGGCGUAGACCCUCUUUGCCAUCGCCGGCCUGUGAAGCAGUCUGAUAGGAAGGAGAACGCUUUUCUUACAAAAGAAGCUUUCUUUAAAGCAAAACUCGAGCUUUGCUAAUAGUCUAGAUGUUCACCAAUAAACAGAGGCAAGAAGAGCGAACUGGAAAAUAUGGAACCCCAAGGCUGCAAUACCUUCAGGAAUUGGUGAGUCAGUUUCAGAAUGCAAGUGAUGAAGAAACAAAAGAGAAGAUUGUUGCAAACCUGGGGAACUUUGCUUAUGAUCCAUAUAAUUAUCCCUUCUUACGCCAGCUCAAUGUUUUGGAACUCUUCCUAGACUGCAUAACAGAACCAAAUGAGAAACUUGUGGAAUAUGGCAUGGGAGGGAUCUGCAAUUCUUGUGUAGAUCCAAUAAAUUCUGCUAUUAUCACUCAGAGUGGUGGUAUCCCUCUUAUCAUUCAAUGUUUAUCAAGCCCUGUUAGGAACACUGUGAAUUAUGCUCUGGGAGCUCUUUAUUAUCAAUGUGACCAGGCUAACAAGGAUGAGAUCCUAAAGCCAGAAGUGAUGGACGUCAUCGAGAGAUAUGCUGCAGCAGAAGCCGUAAGCACAAGCUUCAGUAAUCUUGCCAAGGCAUUUCUAGACAAGCAUGUAUCUAGAAACAAUUAAGAUAUAAACUCCAGGCUAAAUACCAAUGGACAUGGGAGCAGCGCAGAGCAGAGCAGCCACAAUUGCAUCACCUAUGCUUGUAAACAUUAAACAUUCAAUAUAUAUAUUUAUUUUUC